GUACACCAUCAUAAUCCUGACCAAUCUUGACUCUACUCAUUUUCUACUGACUCUAGUAUAGUUAUUAGUAUAGAGCCUAGCCCUAGACCUAGAUAUCUAGAUCUAAAUCUAAUCUAAAUCAUCUUAUCAGUAUCUAGACUCUAAAUCUAGAUUAAGUAAUGAGUGAUGCGUAUUCAUAAAAUUGUUUUUUGUAUGGCAUGCCAUGUUGGUAUGGAGUCAGGACAUUAUGUUUGUCUAAGUGGUUUAUGAUGUUGCUACAUAUUAUGUGUUCUAGGAUUUAAUAUGUGAUGCUGGUGAAAGUCAAAGGAUCACAAACAUGUCUUUAACAACUUAUGUCGGCUAUGUCGUCAAGUUUAUAUAUUUUUUCCUGUCCAACCUGUAUUCUUUGCCAUGCUAUCUGGUAUGGAUGGUUCUUCUCACCCCACUACGAUUUAUUGCUCCAAAUUUAUACUGGAAGAUAGAAUCUUUUAUGUUCAGGAUGUUGCAGUGCAUGGUGGUCACAUGGUUUGAAAUCAACAACUUUAAGGUUCAAGAGUGUGGCGAUGACAUUGGAGUUCUUCACAACAAGGGAGCUAUACUCCUGUGUAACCACCAGUCCACUGGAGACACCCCAGUCAUAAUGGUGUCAACCUACAACAAGAAAAUGGCAUCUGGCACUAUGUUGUGGAUCAUCUAUGUCAUUUUUAAAUACACCCAUUUUGGUGUGGUGUCCUGCCUUAGAGGGGAUUUCUUCAUUGAUCAGGGAAAAGACGUGCGUCAGCUCCAACUGGAUAGGCUUAAGAAACACCUGGUCGAGAUUUACCUUCCAAGAAAUAAAAAAUGGUUGCUUGUAUUUCCUGAAGGUGGUUUUAUGUACAAAAGAUUGGAGUCAAGUCAACAAUACGCCCGGAAAAAUGGAUACCCUGUUCUUCAGCAUACUACACUUCCACGUAUUGGUGCUGUAAAAACUAUCCUCGACACUGUGGGUGUCCCUCAACAAGCAUCAGACAAUGUGGAGCCGAAUGGUAACUAUCAAAUUAAAGAUUCCUCUAAACCACUAGAGUGGGUCAUCGACAUGACUAUUGCCUACAAAGAUAGAAAGGCUUUGGAUAUGUUGGGCAUGGUUGUUGGACUUUAUCCUCAAAGUGAUGUGCUAGUUCAUUACAGAGUGUAUCGUGCUCAAGAUAUUCCCAGAGAUGACGUGGGGUUAACUUCCUGGUUGUAUGAUGUUUAUGCCAAGAAGGAUGCCAUGCUAGACUACUACUACAAGGAAGGCCGUCUCCCUGAUGAGAUCAUCAAUGCGCCAUCAGAGCUGCCGCAGAUCCCACUGUCUGUUUUGAAGUUUGACCUCUUGGAUCAGCUCCUGGUACACACAUUCUAUCUAACUUCCUGUUAUGUUCACUACCACUACAUCAUUAAACCCAUGUUUCUGUUUGUUUCCUCUUGUCUUCAUCUCAUAUUUUAGAAUGAUAUUUCUUUCUUGAGAUUUUAAAUCUAAUUCAAAUCUAUUUCUACAUGCUAGAUUCCACCAUAUUGAGAUUUAGUUGGGUUUUUUUUCUCUUUCACACAUUGUAAAGGCUACAUUUUCUAGCCAUAUUUACAAACAAUUUAGAUUUGUUUGAUUCUGUGAAAUGCUGAGAUUUGUCUAGGCCCCUGUACACAAGUACUAUAAUGGUUUAAUUCAUGUUUUCCAUUACCUUGUUGGUUUUAUUGCUUUGUAUCGUAAUGUUGAUACUUGUUCCAACCAAAAAGCUACAUUAUUUAUCAUGCUAAAUGAUCCAUGUCCUGUUCUAAGUGAUAAUGUCCUGCACUAAAUGUUCCAUGCCCUGUUCUAAGUGAUAAUGUCCUGCACUAAAUGAUCCAUGCCCUGUUCUAAGUGAUAAUGUCCUGCACUAAAUGAUCCAUGCCCUGUUCUAAGUGAUAAUGUCCUGCACUAAAUGAUCCAUGUCCUGUACUAAAUGAUCCACGUCCUGCACUAAAUGAUCCAUGUCCUGUUCUAAGUGAAAAUGUCCUGCACUAAAUGAUCCAAGUCCUGUAUUAAGGGAAUAUGUCCUGCACUAAAUGAACCUUGUCCUGUACUAAAUAAACUUAUUUGGUCCUCAAUGAACAUGCCCUGUACUAAAUGGAAGAAGUUCUGUUCUAAAUGAAAGAGAAGUCCUGUCCUAAACUAGUGUAUCUCAGUGUAUAUCAAUGGCUACCUAUCUUACUCUGCAAUCUUAACUCUUUCUCUCCUAUUUGACGAUACCAUGGUUGAUUUGACCCCAUUUAAUUAAUUUUUGUUUUUUUUAUAAACAAUUUGUGUUCUAUAAAAAGAGCAUGUAUUGCCCUUCAAUUCUAUACCAAAUAAAAUGUUUUCUGAUAAACUUUUAAAAGUUUAAUGAUAACAGGGAAGUGAAUUAUACAUGAACAAAAGAAUAAUUUCAUCAGAUCAUGGAAAAUAAUUACGGAGAGAAAGAGUUAAUAAUUUGACUGUUUUGUUAUUUUUCUUAUCAUUUGUAAUUACUCAUUGUCCAUAUAGUCUUUAGUCUCCGGUCAAUGGCUCAGUUUAUGUGAUAGUGCCUGGAAUUUACUUCAGAGAUUUUUGGAGGAAAUUUUUGUAUGUAAUUACCAUUGUAUAGGUCACAGUAAAUUAGAUGUCCUAUUUAAAAAAAGAAGUCAUUGAUGUAAACACAUUUAAAUUAGCCAACUACUUAGGCAUUUCGGGGUAGCACCUGUGGAAUAUUAGUAGUUUUUUUAAUGAUCUGAAAUCCUCCUUAUCAGAAAUCUCAUUUGCAAUAGAUUUUGUUGUUUUUUUUUUAGUUUCUCUUAUACUAUAUUGCCCUACGAGCAUUUACCCACCUUCUACAGCUGUUAUAUUGAUUCUGGUGUAUGGCAAUAUGAUGAACACUAUUAUUUAUUUAGCUAUUAGCUCUAUAAAAGAAAUGGCCCAAUCAAAAUGAUUAUUUACUUGACCAUCAAAUAAUUUGGUUCUUCUCGCUCUUUACCUUUUAUCUUUCUCCAGGCUUUCUCUCAUACUUGCAUUACUCUACUUUACUUACUAAUUUUUGUUUGUAAUUUUUAACAAGUAAUUUUUUUUCACUUAAGGAUAUAUGUGAGUUUACUUUAUAAUAUAAUUCUAUUAUAUGCUAACACAGAAAUGAAUAUGAAAUAGUAGGAAUCAUUUGGUCUAAGUGAGGUGUACAAACAAAACAUUUUCUUUCUACAAUAUUUCCUUAUUCAGUCAUGUUUACAUUCAUUACUUAUUCCGUAUGCUAGGACAAAUUGGUACAAGUGCUCCUUCUUUCCUAGUGCUAUUAGAGCAUGGAAUGGGUUGCCUUGACUUGGCAGAAUUGAAGUCAUUGGUUAACAGGCAUGACUAGAUUAACCUAGGAACACGCGUAGGGAUUGAUCAUCUUUUUUGAAGUAAUGUCUGUAUUUUAUAUGAUAAGUAGAAGCAUUUUCUGGAUUAUCUUUCUUUGCAAAAGAAACGAUGAAUUCUUUAAGCUAUUCAUUCCUAUAUCCAGUUUAUAAAAAGUCACAUUUAGCUCCUGUGCUAUCUAAAUAAUAAUAUAAUACAAGUACAAGGCCAUUAAAAUAUAGUAAGUAAGUAAAGUUCCCCUUUCAGACCUUGUGGUCUAUAGGGCAGAUGAUGUAAAGGUCAUCUGAUUCUGUGGCCUACGGUUAACGAGGGUCUCAUGGGGCCAGCACAACAACCAACCGCCUUUACUUUUCCCCAACUUAUGUCAGGUACCCAUUAGAGCUGGGUGAACUCAGAGGCGCCCAAAGAUCCCGAAAUUAAAAAUCCCAGUCUUCACCAGGAUUCGGACCCCGGUUCAGUAGCCAAGCGCUUUACCACUCAGCCUCCUAAAAAUAGUAUAAUCAACUUUAAUCUAAUAAGUGCAAGCGGUAAUAACUUAAGAACAGAAAAAAAGCCAUAUCAACAUUCUUCUUUCUAUGGUUUACUCUAUACACUGCAGUUUCAGGCAUUUCAUUGCUAUGGUUGGCCUUAUGCUCUGUAGUGUGUAGUCACUUCUAUUUGAGAUAUUUUUAGAAAUGAAAAGCAUUAUGAUCAUCUGGCUUUCACUACCCAAAAAAAUGAGUUAAGUGUAUGUAACUACAGUAACAGAACGAGCUCUUAUACAAAAAUUUAGAAAACUUCUGGUAACUUCAUAAUGCACUUUGCUACAUUAGACAUCGGCUGUUAACACUGCAUUUUAUUGCAAUAGUUAUUGAAUGCAAUUAAAUCAAUGUCUACUCUUUCAUUAUUUUUACAAUUUCUGUGAUUGGACUUAUAAUAAUAAAUAAAUAUACACAUGUUUAUAUUAGCAGAUCAGUUAUUCCUUAUAGGAUAUAACACCUUUUGUUUCUGUUAUCUAACUGUAGUGGAUUUUCUGGUAUAGGUGCACUGUGAUUUUUAUCUUGGCUGUAUACACUAACUAACUAUGUAUAGUUACAAAAGUCAUAAGUCAAGUUUUCAUUCCUCCCAUUUUUAAAGUUAUGGUGGGCAUGAGACUAGACUAGACUGUCAUUAAAGAGCUAGGCUAUUUAAAAGGACAAAGAUAAACUGAAAUAAGGUGAAUAACAUUUGAGGCUGUACACAAGCAAAAUAACACUUUUUAUUAACAACACAUUGGCCAAGGGCUUGAACCCAGAUAUUAAUAUUGCCUUGUGCUCUUGGUGGAUGAAUAACCUCCCUUACAUUAUAAACACCAUUAAAAAAUAUAUCUAAUUUAUUAAUUACUUUUAAUCUGUUAUAAUGGUUUAAUUUAUAGAUAUUAAUAUAGAACAUAUAUAUUUGUUAUUAUUGUUAAUUUGUAUUCAUGCGCCAUUUUUUGUUUAUUGUUAACCACAUUUUGUGGAUAUUUCCUGCAUUAUUUAUUAUUAGCAUUAUGUUUAUCUCUGCUUUGCAUUUCUUUUUUUUUUCUUUCAAGAAAGCCAAAUCAUUUUGUUUUUUAAGAUAUUUUGUGUGUGUUUGCUGGUUUGAGGUUUUCAUUAUUUGUACGCAUCAUUGAAAAGGAAAAAAAUCUUUUUGGGGGAGGGCUACAUGUCAUGCCAUAUAUAUUGUAAAAUGAAAUUACUUUUCAUAUCAUUACAGUAUCAUAUUAACCAGUUGUUUAUAUUUUUUCUACUUAACAUGAAGGUACACCUAGAUUUUUUAAAUUUGCAUUUUAUUAUUAAAGUGCUGAGUCAAACCUUAUGACAUGAAUAAAAUUUGUAGAGUGUUUUAUUAGAAUUUGGCAGUGCCUGGGAUUAUAGUUACCUAGAAAGCGAUCAUGCUACCCAGGAGCUUGGUAGAGUUAGAGGGUAUAGUAUUGAAGUCUUCGAGGUAUGGUGGUUUCAAAUAAUUUUCAUGUAAUACAACCAAAUAAUUGCAAACAGGGGCAGACCCAAGAAAUAGAAAAGAUUUAAAUUGACUCUGUCACAUAUGUACUGAGUUUAAUGUGAUCCUACAUAGCCAGAGGUUAAUAUAAUUGCAGCAUGCCAGAUUGAUAUACUAAAGCAUGGCUAUAAUUUCUUUUAAUAUACAAGGCUAGUGUUAAUUAAAACAUAUUCAGAUAGGAAGAUUAUCUUUUGGCCAACACCCAAAGAAGGAAGGAAAAUUACACCAAGUCUUAUGAGGUUUGACUCAUAGUUUAAGUGUACAGUAAAAUAAAUGUGCCAUAUAUGCCAGGUACAUUCCAUAUCUGUUAUUUAACUUUCAUGAGCAGAUUGAUUUGAAUUAUCAUUAUAUUAUUAUACAUUAAGCUCUGUCUAAUUAUUGAGAUUUAUCAUGCUUCAUUGAUAUACACAGUUAACACUACCAUUACUUAUACGCAUUUAUUUAUAUUUUUCAUCAUUAUACUUCAAAUAACUGUUUUUCAACCAUGCAGCACUUGAGUAGCUUUUGAAAUCUCACGAACAUAUUUUUAAACACCUCCUUUCUUUUCUUUUUUGGCUUUACUUUUGUUGAUAUUAUCUAUUAUUGGUUAGAAGAAAAAAAGAUGCAAUGUUAAGAAUUAGCGUAAAAAAAAGUUUUCCUUAUAAAAUUAUUGCAUUUUUAUUUACAGGUGGCAUUAACUAAUGAUAUUUUUAUCAUUUUGUUCAUUUAUAUGUGUAGUUAGUUAAGUAUUUUUCUUGCAUUCUGAUUUUUUAACAUUAUGAACUGCCUUUAACAAGGCCUAUUGCAUUUGUUAUUAGACUUCGUUCUUAGAUUUAGGCUUGUUUCCCCUUUCAUAUUCCUAAGGUUGUCCCCCUUAGAUUUCCAAGCUUGUUCUUUCCCAGUGAAUUCCAACAUGAAGUGCCAUACCAAUAUAGUUAUUCCUAUUUUCAUUUGUGUUGUUUCAAGUUAGGAGUUGGCAUGCUGAACAAAGUCUGUCCUGACAUGAGUAGGCAUGUUCAACAAACUAAGUCUGUCCUGACAUGAGUAGCCUAGGCAUGUUCAACAAACUAAGUCUGUCCUGACAUGAGUAGCCUAGGCAUGUUCAACAAACUAAGUCUGUCCUGACAUGAGUAGCCUAGGCAUGUUCAACAAACUUAGUCUGUCCAGACAUGAGUAGCCUAGGCAUGUUCACCACCAGGCAACAGUCUUAAGUGUAGCAAGUGUGGUCGAGAGGCUAAGUACGCUUGAACUAGGCUACCUAUGAAGUGGGCUUGAGGUUUGACGCCCGACUCGAGCAGAGUUGUGUUUACUGAGCGCCUAAAGGCAGCACGGAAAACCUUCUCCCAGAUACCCCCUUUCCCCCACUUUUCCACAAACGAGAUUGGACCAUUGUGCUCUGAGCAUGCUAAAAGCAUGAAAGUAGAGCUAUAUAAAAGCUACAAUUAUAAGUUUUCGUUUUAAAGGGUGAUUAUUGAUAUUAGUUCUUUAAUUCAACAUUGUACAUUAUUAUGAUUAGCCAGAUGGAACUCUUAACAUUAUUAUUUAUUAUUAUUGAACAUUGUCUAGUGUGUUUCUGAGCUACAAUAACGUGCUUAGUUGUCCAAUGUCUUUGUAUGGACAUGUUGAUAGAGCAUCUGGAACAAAACUGGUGCUGCUAGAGUUCAAUCUCAGGAGUAACAAUCCCAAGAGCCUCUAUCCAGAUUUGAGCACGAGAUCAUCUUGGUUUUUAUUUUCUUAUGCCCCACAAUACUUAAUCUUGGUUUUUUAUUUUCAAUAGUUAAUGAUGGGCUAAUAGAAAAAUUAUUUAGUUCCUGGUGAGACUAGCUCUAAGCCAAGACCAAAAUGAUAGUGUCUCCAGGCUGUAACAUGUCUUAGGUUGUGACAUGUUUUGGGCUGUAGCAGAUCUUAGGUUGUGACAUGUUUUAGGCUGUAAUAUGUCUUAGGUUGUAACAUGUCUAGGCUGUAACAUGUCUUAGGUUGUAACAUGUCUAGGCUGUAACAUGUCUAGGCUGUAACAUGUCUUAGGUUGUAACAUGUCUUAGGCUGUAACAUGUCUUAGGUUGUAACAUGUCUAGGCUGUAACAUGUCUUAGGUUGUAACAUGUCUUAGGUUGUAACAUGUCUUAGGUUGUAACAUGUCUAGGCUGUGACAUGUCUAGGUUGUAACAUGUCUUAGGUUGUAACAUGUCUAGGCUGUAACAUGUCUUAGGUUGUAACAUGUCUAGGCUGUAACAUGUCUAGGUUGUAACAUGUCUUAGGUUGUAACAUGUCUAGGCUGUGACAUGUCUAGGUUGUAACAUGUCUUAGGUUGUAACAUGUCUAGGCUGUAACAUGUCUUAGGUUGUAACAUGUCUAGGCUGUAACAUGUCUUAGGUUGUAACAUGUCUAGGCUGUAACAUGCCUUAGGUUGUAACAUGUCUUAGGUUGUAACAUGUCUAGGCUGUAACAUGUCUUAGGUUGUAACAUGUCUAGGCUGUGACAUGUCUAGGCUGUAACAUGUCUUAGGUUGUAACAUGUCUUAGGUUGUAACAUGUCUUAGGUUGUAACAUGUCUUAGGUUGUAACAUGUCUUAGGUUGUAACAUGUCUUAGGUUGUAACAUGUCUAGGCUGUAACAUGUCUAGGUUGUAACAUGUCUUAGGUUGUAACAUGUCUAGGCUGUAACAUGUCUUAGGUUGUAACAUGUCUAGGCUGUAACAUGUCUUAGGUUGUAACAUGUCUUAGGUUGUAACAUGUCUAGGCUGUGACAUGUCUAGGUUGUAACAUGUCUAGGCUGUGACAUGUCUAGGUUGUAACAUGUCUUAGGUUGUAACAUGUCUAGGCUGUAAUAUGUCUUAGGUUGUAACAUGUCUAGGCUGUAACAUGUCUUAGGUUGUAACAUGUCUAGGCUGUAACAUGUCUUAGGUUGUAACAUGUCUUAGGUUGUAACAUGUCUAGGCUGUAACAUGUCUUAGGUUGUAACAUGGCUUAGGUUGUAACAUGUCUAGGCUGUGACAUGUCUAGGUUGUAACAUGUCUAGGCUGUGACAUGUCUAGGCUGUGACAUGUCUUAGGUUGUAACAUGUCUAGGCUGUAACAUGUCUUAGGUUGUAACAUGUCUAGGCUGUAACAUGUCUUAGGUUGUAACAUGUCUAGGCUGUAACAUGUCUUAGGUUGUAACAUGUCUAGGCUGUAACAUGUCUUAGGUUGUAACAUGUCUAGGCUGUGACAUGUCUAGGCUGUAACAUGUCUUAGGUUGUAACAUGGCUUAGGUUGUAACAUGUCUAGGCUGUAACAUGUCUUAGGUUGUAACAUGUCUAGGCUGUAACAUGUCUUAGGCUGUAACAUGCCUUAGGUUGUAACAUGUCUUAGGUUGUAACAUGUCUAGGCUGUGACAUGUCUAGGCUGUAACAUGUCUUAGGUUGUAACAUGUCUAGGCUGUGACACUGCUACCAUUAACUUUCUUAUGCUCAGUCUGCAGCUCAUAACUCUCUUGUAUAGAUUGUAACUCACCUCUUGGUUGAUAUCUCUCCAAUCUGCUCAUGUGUUUCUCUCUCUCUCUCUCUUUCUCUCUCUCCGUCCAAAAUACUUUAGACUGAGUUUGUACAUUUUCUUUAAACAUGUUAUCUUUGGUAUUUUGGAAUCUAUAUUAUCAUAAUCUUUUGUUUCGUGUGCAUCCAUCUCCCAGGUGUAUUGAGUUCAUGUUUUACUUUUCUAACUCUCAGAAACAAAAAUUAAACGAAUAUAUUCAUU